UGUAGACAGAUGUUACCUUUCUCUUUCUAUCUUUCAAAUUUCCAUUCUCAUAGCAUCUCGAUUUUACCCUCAGCAGAUAUUUUUCUGUGUAACGUGUCUUCUUUAUUAGUUUAACAGUUAUUCUGUUUUUGUGAUUGAUUAAAUUAAAUCAAUAAAAUAUUAAAACAAUCAAAAAUCAAUAAUCAGUGCAAUGUUUUUGUAAAAUUAACGGUUCAUGGUGAACCUUAUCUAUUUGCUGCAAGCUCAUCAUAAUAAAUCUGUUUUAUACUGGUCUGGGAAAGAUAAAAUAAACCAAUAUUAACAUCAUAUGUUUAUUCCUGUAUAAUAUUAAGCCUGAAUAAUUCAAUAGACACAUAAUGUCAACCAAUAUUGCCAACAACCCAAAGCCAGGAAUUUCUGGCCAAGAAUUUGAUAAAUUUGUCGAGAGAGAAGAUAGACGUGAAGAUGAUUCAACCUUCUUAAAGAUGCAACAAAGAUAUUGGGAAGCUAAGCAAACAUUUAUUAGUAAAUUGAAGAGAAAAGAAGAUGAUUGUGUUGUUGCCUCUGAUGCGCCAUUGGAUGCUAAACUAGAGCUUUUUCGUUCCAUUGAAGAAACAUGCUGUUCUUUAUUAUGUAUCCUGGAAGGCUAUCAAGAUCGACUGUGUACCUUGGCCCAUGAGGAAAACUCAACUGGCCGGUUUCUUAAGGAAUGUGGAAAGAUUGACAAAACUCGAGCUGGUAAGAUGAUGACAGCCUCUGGUAAAACAUUGUGUUAUACUGCUCAACAAAGGAUACAAUUGAGAAACCCUUUAGUUCGUCUUUAUCAAGAGGUUGAAACAUUCCAGUAUCGAGCUAUUGCUGAUACCAUGAUUACCAUUGAGAAGAUGGAAAAAGCAAGACUUGCCUACAGAGCUGCACUCCUAUGGAUGAAAGAUUUAUCUCAACAAUUAGAUCCUGAUACAUACAAACAAUUGGAAAAAUUUCGUAAAGUCCAAGGGCAAGUUAGACGUACCAAGUCGCGAUUUGAUAAGCUUAAGUUGGAUACUCUUCAAAAGAUUGACAUGUUGAGUGCAUCAAGAUGUAACAUGUUCAGCCACGCUUUAGUCUUAUACCAGAAAAAUUUUUCAACCUUCUGGGAAAAAUCAUCUAAAGCUAUGAAAGCUAUAUCUGACAAUUUCAAAGGUUAUCAACAUUAUGAGUUUAGUUUUCUUAAAGAUUUGACUGAAACAAGUAAAAAAUUGGCUCAAGAGGAUAACAAUAGUUUUACAUUGGGUAAAAUAUUUACUGAAGGAGAAGAAGAUAAAGAUUCACUCAUCUUUUUUGAAUCAGAGUAUCAUGACGAUGAUACCAAAGGAAAUCUCUCAGAUGAAUCGACAAAAGUCCGCCAGUGUACAUCGGGAAUUAACAAGAAUCACAAUUAUUCACUAUUCAGCAAAAAGAGUGAUAAUAAAGAUAGAAACAGCAAGAAUAAUGAUGGCGAUGUCAAGUUGAUAGACAUGGACAUUUUUCCUUCGCCUAUUGAAGCAAGCAGGAAACAGCGAUUUCAAGAUCUUCUUGAUUCUCAAUCCAAAUCAGAUGACAAUAAUUUACUCAGUGAUAUAUUUUCCAUUGAGCCUGUUAAAGAGCAACAAACCAUUCAGCAAUCCCCCAUGGACAGUUUCUUUCCAAGUCAUUUGAUGGAUAUUAAACAAUCUAAUUUGUUAAAUGCUGCAUCAGGAUCUUCAUCUCUUGAUACCAGUUUACUUGAAGAAAAGAAUAAAUCUCGAAACUCUGGAGCAAGUCAAGCUAAAGACAAUAAAAAGAACGAUUGGUUCAAUCUAUUUGCUGAACUUGACCCCUUGGCUAACCCAGAUGCCUUAGUAUCUAGAGGAAAAGAUGACGAAAGGAACUGCUAAAAAGUCGAGAAACAUCCCAAUUCCAAAAUUAAAGCGCAUCAAAGAGAAAAAAAUCAAGCAUUUAACUGAGAUUUUAAGCAUUUGCAUUCCAUUUCACCAAAUUAUUACACAAAACGUUAAAUAUUUUUUACCCUUUAAGUGUAAUACCUAGUGUAAUACAUUUUUUCCCGUUAUUGGAAAACUGCAAAAUUACCGAGAUGCAGACGUAAUUAUUGACCAAUAAAACGCUAGAACCUUUGUUUAUAUUAAA